AGCAACUUUUGUGAAGAGUAGUAUAAAAAAAAUACUUGAAAAUUUUAUUGCGAUUUUAUAAUUAAAAUAAAUAUAAUAAACGACAGAAAAUAUUAACAAAUAUAUUGAAAAGAAAAUUUUUAGUUUGUUAGUUAAACAUUUUUUUUAAAAAGUAGAAAUUAUAAGUAAUAAAACCAUAAAAAUACGGACCACAAGAGCAUUGAAAAGAUCUCGAGCAAAAUCACCGCUGCCGCCACUUGAACCGUCAAAGGAGUCACUAACUCCUACAACAUCAACGCAGUCUCUACAAGUACAUAAGACGUUAGCACAAACGAAAAAAUACAGUAGGACAAAUCCAUCAACAUCAUCAUCAUCUACGUCAACGUCGUCGUCGUCGAGCAUUUCCAAAAUUGCAACAAAUUCUAAACAAAAAAUGCACCGUCAAGGUUCCCAUGGAACGUCGGCACAGAAACAUACAAAUCUCGAUGAAAUAUGGACAGAUUUGGAGCAGGGCAUUAAGCAAGUAUUCCAGCAGGAACAAUCAUUAACAACGGAACGUUAUAUGCAACUGUAUACGUAUGUCUACAACUAUUGUACCAGUGUCAAUACCGUGCAGAACAACAGUAAUCGUUCGAACAAACUGGGCGGUGCUCAAUUGGUUGGCAAGAAACUAUACGAGCGUCUUAAGGACUUCCUCAAGGACUACUUAAGCGAUUUGCUAAACAAUUUCAUAGCCAUUAAGGGUGAAGAGGUCCUCUUGGAUCACUACACCAAACAAUGGGUUCUGUAUCAAUUUUCCAGCACUGUCUUAAAUGGCAUUUGUUCCUAUUUGAAUAGACAUUGGGUGAAGAGGGAAUAUGAGGAGGGUCAAAAGGGUAUCUAUGAAAUCUAUCGCCUGGCCUUGGUCACCUGGAAAGAACAGUUGUUUAAGGUGCUCAACGAACCCGUUACAAAUGCCGUUCUGAAAUCCAUCGACGAGGAGAGAAGGGGCAAGACCAUUAAACGUUCAUUGAUACGCGAUGUCAUCAAUUGCUACGUUGAGUUGGGUUUCGACGAAGAGGAUGAAAUGGACAAUAAAGACCUUAAGAAACAGAAGUUGUCGGUGUAUCGGGAUCAUUUCGAAAAGAAAUUUUUGGCCGAAACUGCUGCAUUCUAUAAACACGAGUCGGAAACAUUUCUCAGUAGCAACACCGUGUCAGAGUACAUGAAACAUGUGGAGAAACGUUUGGAUGAAGAGCGUAAACGUGUAAAUAGUUCAGAUUUCGAUUCAGUUUUAACGUCAUACUUGCAUGUCAGCACUUUGGAUAAAUUAGUGGAAGCAUGUGAAGUGGUUCUUAUUGAAAAACAUCUAGAUGUAUUCCGUUCCGAAUUCCAAAAUCUUCUAAACGCCGACAAGAAUGCCGAUCUAAAACGUAUGUACACUUUGGUGGCCCGCACACCACGCAACCUUAACGAGUUGAAGACCAUAUUGGAGGAACACAUCUUACAACAAGGCUCUCAGGCCAUUGAGAAAUGUGGUAACACAGAGGCCGCUAACGAUCCCAAGAUCUAUGUUCAGACCAUUUUGGAGGUACACAAAAAAUACAAUGCCCUCGUCUUGACCGCAUUUAACAAUGACAACGGCUUUGUAUCAGCUCUUGACAAGGCCUGCGGUAAAUUCAUCAACUCGAAUGUCGUCACACAGGCUAAUAGUGCCAGUAAGUCGCCCGAAUUGUUGGCCAAAUAUUGUGACAUUUUGCUUAAGAAAUCAUCCAAGAAUCCGGAAGAAAAGGAAUUGGAAGAUAAUCUGAAUCAAGUAAUGGUAGUUUUCAAGUACAUUGAAGACAAAGACGUCUUCCAGAAAUUCUAUUCGAAAAUGUUGGCCAAACGUUUGGUCAAUCAUACGUCCGCCUCUGAUGAUGCCGAAGCGGUCAUGAUAUCGAAACUGAAACAAACGUGUGGCUACGAAUACACCAUCAAAUUGCAGCGCAUGUUCCAGGAUAUUGGUCUGUCGAAGGAUUUGAACAACAAUUUCAAACAACACUUGCAGACCAACAACAUACCCAUGGAAAUUGAUUUCAGCAUUGAAGUGUUAUCCUCUGGCUCCUGGCCCUUCAAUCAGAGCAGUAGCUUUUCCUUGCCCUCGGAAUUGGAGAAGGCCGUACAACAUUUCAAUACAUUUUAUGCGGCUCGCCAUUCGGGUCGCAAGCUGAAUUGGCUGUAUCACAUGUGCAAAGGAGAAUUGGUAACGAAUUGUUUCCGCAACAAAUACACACUGCAGGCCAGUACCUUCCAAAUGGCUGUUUUAUUGCAAUUCAACGACCAGACCCGCUAUUCUGUCAAACAGUUGCUGGAGAACACACAAAUUCAACUGGAGAAUUUAAUACAGGUUCUACAAAUUUUACUCAAAGCAAAACUUUUAACCUGCACCGAUGAUGAAAACUCCUUGACGCCCAAUUCAAUGAUGGAACUAUACCUGGAUUACAAGAACAAAAAGUUACGCAUCAACAUCAAUCAACCUUUGAAGACUGAACUUAAGGUCGAACAGGAGGCCGUACAUAAACACAUUGAGGAAGAUCGCAAGCUACUCAUACAAGCCGCCAUAGUACGCAUCAUGAAAAUGCGCCGAAGGCUCAACCAUACUCAACUCAUUACAGAAGUACUCAAUCAAUUGUCAUCGCGCUUCAAACCCAAAGUGCCGGUGAUUAAAAAAUGCAUCGACAUCUUAAUCGAAAAGGAAUAUCUAGAGAGAAUGGAGGGACAAAAGGACACCUACAGUUAUUUGGCGUAAAUUCAAUGCAACACACAAAAACUAAGUGUUUUGUCGUCGAAUAUUUUGCGCGUUAUUAAUGUGUAUUUUUUUUUAUUUGUCGCCACCGCAGUUGUUGAAUGUAAAGAGAUAGAGACGAAGAAAGUAAACAGACCCCUUUAUGUUUUUCUUAUCUUAUAUAAAAAUUUUACAUUACAUUAUUAUUAUUCUUUAAACAAUCUUUGAUUGUUUUUCAUUCAACUUUAUUUCUUUCCUUCCUUUAUUUGUUUUCUUCAUUGUUUUGUUUAAAAAUUUCUUGCGAACGUCGUUGUAUUCAAACUUUUCUUUGCUCUGUAUAAAUCUAGGAAAAUAAAAACACAAUCUGGGGGGAUAUUGUGUAAUUGGAUUCGAAAGAAAACAUUUUCGUAUUUCCAUGCAUAAAACAUACAAAUUCUUAUGAUUUUCUUUACGAAUCGAAUUACGCAUUAAUCCCCCCUGGAGUAUUUGUAUAACAUUUCAUAUAGUACAUUACAGAAAACCACAGCAAGUACUCUAAAUUAUAUUCUAGAAAAAUGAAAUCAUUUUUAAUUUGUAAAUUUUUCUUUUGUAUAUUGUUUUCUAUGGCAAAAAAAAAGAAACAACAAAAUAUUUAAAGAUUUUUAGACAAACCCUCAAAAAUGCUUAAAUAAGCUGCAAUUUUUUUAAUCAAAUUUUUAAAAUCUUGGACAAAUAGUUGAAAAUGUUAAGGACAUUUAAAAACACAAGCCGUUUAAGUGCAAUGAAUAAAAUGUGGGAAAAUCUGAAUUAACUGCACAGCGUUCAAAUCAAUAAAUAACACUUUAAAUCAAUUUUCAACUGAUGAAAACUUUAAGGUUUAAUAAGUUUUAACAAACUUUAAAACCAGGUUUAUGCAAAAGUUUGUAGUUAAACUAUCAUUUUGUCAUCUUUCUUUUUAUACAUAACACUAACAAAGACUCCCCCAACCUGAUUUUUUUUUAUCAUGCAACUAAUUCACUACUCCAUCUCCCUCUCUAGUUCUUUUUCUUUUUUUUUUUUCGUCCACUGUCAUGAAAAUUUUAUUUUCUUUUUUUUAUUAUUUUUGUAUUUUUUUAACGAAAAUAUUUCAACAUAAUUAUUUCCUGUAGCUUUAAACAUGAAAAACAAUACUUUACUAUUAUAUUUUUUACAUUUAAGUUAAUUUAAAAAUAAAUGAAACAAAAACAAUUGAAAAUUUAGAUUCAAUUUGGCUUUUUUUAGUAGUGAUUAAAUUCCUUGCCUGCCUUUCUAUCUUAUUUUUUUUGUGUCUAAAUGUAUUAUUUAAUUUCCUUGUUUAUUUUGUCUCCCUAAAAAAUUUAAAAGAAAUCUUAGGUGUGUUAAAGCUAAAAAUAUAUAAAUAAAUACAUAUAUUAUUUCAGACAAAACAA